UUAGAGACAAGACCACCCUUCAAAGCCCAAAGUGUGUCACAGCGAGUGUAUCUAUAAACUUGAAACAACAGUUUUGACAACGCAAAAUAAUUUGUAGAAAACACGGUGAGAGAAGAAAAAGGGUGGAACAAGCACAACGGGGAGAGAAAGAGAGAGAGAGAGAGUGGUUCUUCUCACUCUCGCAUUCCAUAGAUCAGAUCCAAACACUCACAAUUCCUAGAUCUAUUUCCGCUCUCCGCCCGACCUCUGAAAUUUCUGAUUCGUGAUUUCAAUUUCGUGUUUUCGCUGCAAUUAGGUUUUCGGAGAUCGAAUGGCGUGCAUAAAAGGGGUGAAUCGAUCGGCGUCGGUAGCGCUGGCGCCCGACGCGCCGUACCUUGCUGCCGGGACCAUGGCUGGCGCCGUUGAUCUGUCAUUUAGCUCGUCCGCAAAUCUAGAGAUAUUCAAGCUCGAUUUUCAGUCGGACGAUUCGGAACUGCCUGUCGUCGCCGAGUGCCCGAGCUCCGACCGCUUCAACCGUCUCACGUGGGGGAAGAACGGUUCUGGCUCCGAAGGAUUCGGUCUCGGCCUCGUCGCUGGUGGGUUGGUGGAUGGCAACAUUGACAUCUGGAAUCCUCUCACUCUGAUCCGCUCGGAGUCAAAUCAAAGUUCUCUUGUUGGACACCUUGUAAGACAUAAAGGACCAGUUCGUGGUCUUGAAUUUAAUGUCAUUGCACCAAAUCUUCUCGCAUCUGGUGCUGAGGAUGGUGAAAUUUGCAUAUGGGAUUUGGUCAAUCCUUCAGAGCCUACACAUUUUCCACCACUAAAGAGUACUGGCUCUGCUUCCCAGGGAGAAAUUUCAUUCUUAUCUUGGAACAGUAAAGUCCAGCACAUAUUAGCAUCUACUUCAUAUAAUGGGACCACAGUGGUCUGGGACCUGAAGAAGCAAAAGCCAGUGAUAAGCUUUGCAGAUUCGGUCAGAAGGAGAUGCUCUGUUUUGCAGUGGAAUCCUGAUGUUGCCACACAACUUGUUGUCGCAUCAGAUGAAGACGGUUCUCCUUCUUUGAGGCUUUGGGAUAUGAGGAAUAUAAUUUCACCAAUAAAGGAGUUUUCGGGACACACUAGAGGUGUGAUUGCAAUGUCGUGGUGUCCCAAUGAUAGCUCUUAUUUGCUUACCUGUGGUAAAGAUAGCCGAACUAUAUGCUGGGACAUGAUUUCUGGAGAGAUAGCCUACGAAUUGCCAGCUGGGACCAACUGGAAUUUUGAUGUGCAUUGGUAUCCUAAGAUACCUGGAGUAAUAUCAGCAUCUUCCUUUGAUGGAAAAAUUGGUAUAUAUAAUAUUAAGGGUUGCCGUCAAAGUGGUGCUGGGGAAAAUGAUUUUAGUGCAGUACCACUGAGAGCACCAAAAUGGUACAAGCGUCCUGCUGGCGUGUCUUUUGGUUUUGGAGGCAAACUUGUGUCUUUUCAUCCCAGGGCAUCUUCCACAGGUUCUCCUGGUGCUGGUGCUUCGGAGGUUUAUGUGCAUAAUUUGGUCACUGAAAAUGGUCUAGUGAGUCGGUCUUCUGAAUUUGAAGCUGCCAUACAGAAUGGUGAAAGGUCUUUGUUGAGGGUUUUAUGUGAUAAAAAGUCACUGGAAUCAGAAUCUGAGGAGGAAAGAGAAACAUGGGGCUUUUUAAAAGUUAUGUUUGAAGAUGAUGGGACCGCACGGACAAAACUCCUCUCACAUCUUGGCUUCAAUGUACCUAGUGAAGCAAAAGAAGUUAACGAUGAUCUUUCCCAAGAAGUAAAUGCACUUGGACUGGAGGAUACAACUGUUGACAAUGCUGGACAUGUGGCUACUAAUGAAUCAGUUAAUUUCUCUGCUGAUAAUGGAGAGGAUUUCUUUAACAACCUUCCUAGUCCAAAAGCUGAUACCCCUUUAUCUACAUCUGCUGGCACUUUUGUUGUUGCUGAAAAUGCCAAUGGUUCCGAGAAAAUUCAAGAUGAUGCAGAAAUGGAAGAAAGCAGUGACCCUUCAUUUGAUGACAGUGUUCAGCAUGCUUUAGUUGUUGGGGAUUACAAGGGGGCAGUUAUGCAAUGCAUUUCUGCAAAUAAAUGGGCAGAUGCAUUAGUUAUUGCUCAUGUUGGGAAUGCUUCCUUGUGGGAAAGUACACGUGAUCAGUACCUUAAAAUGGUCCGAUCACCAUACUUGAAGAUUGUAUCAGCAAUGGUGAGCAAUGAUCUGUUGAGCUUAGUGAACACUAGGCCCCUGAAAUUCUGGAAGGAAACCCUUGCUCUUCUUUGUAGUUUUGCUCAGAGAGAUGAAUGGACCAUGUUAUCAAAUAUUAACAGUUAUCAUUACUUUUUGUUUUCACCGUUGCAAAAUUGCCACUUAGCAUUAUUAAAACUUGUAAAUUGACAUAAUUAUAUAUUGUUGGAUUUAAUGGAAAAGACUAUUGUCCUUGCCUUGGCAACUGGGCAGAAGCGGUUUAGUGCUUCUCUAUGCAAGCUUGUUGAGAAAUAUGCUGAAAUUUUAGCUAGUCAAGGGCUAUUGACUACAGCAAUGGAGUAUUUAAAACUUUUGGGUUCUGAAGAACUGUCGCCUGAACUUACGAUUUUGAAAGAUCGAAUUGCACUUUCUACAGAACCUGAGAAAGAGUUCAAAACCGCUGCUUUUGAAAAUACUCAAGCACAUGGUGGGUCCUAUUACGGUGCCGAUAAUUCCAAUUAUAAUAGAAAUUACUAUCAGGUAAUUUUUGUUCUUUGGCAUUUUUUUGAUGCAAUAAAAAAGUUGCUUCGGAAUGUAAUUUCAAAUUCAAGUGGUGGCAAUGCAACCAUUUCCUUGAUAUGCCAGAAGAAUCUGAAUUUCUCAAGUACUGUUGUUGCACCACCUCCUUUGAGAACUUUUGAUCCUCAAACUCCUCCCGUGCUUAGAAAUGUGGAGCAGUAUCAGCAGCCAACAUUGGGUUCUCAGUUGUAUAAUACAACCACCAAUCCACCUUACCAGCCUACACCCUCUGCUACAUCACAAGUGGGCUUGGGUCAUGGCCACAACCUGUCUCAAGUUGCUGCCCCUACACCAAAUCCAAUGGGAUUCAUGCCAGUCCCCAGUUCUGGUGGUGUCCAAAGACCUGGGGUGGGAUCAAUACAACCACCCAGUCCCCCUCAAGUGCAACCUGUGCAACCAGCUGCCGCUCCACCCGCUCCACCUCCAACUCUGCAGACUGCUGAUACUUCAAAAGUACCUGGGCAUCAAAUGCCUAUUGUCACAACAUUGACAAGACUCUUCAACGAGACAUCAGAUGCCCUGGGAGGUUCCCGUGCAAACCCAGCAAAGAAGCGGGAGAUAGAAGACAACUCGAAGAGACUUGGUGGGUUGUUUGCCAAGUUGAAUAGUGGAGACAUUUCCAAAAAUGCUUCUGAUAAGCUCCUUCAGCUUUGUCAGUCAUUAGACAAUGGUGAUUUUGGUACAGCCUUACAAAUUCAGGUUCUUCUCACUACUACCGAGUGGGAUGAAUGCCAAUCCUGGUUAGGUUCACUCAAGCGGAUGAUCAAGACAAGGCAGAGCGUGAGACUAAGUUAAAAAAGUUACAGAUUUCAUUUUACUGAUUUUGGAAAAUUUUCGUGUGAUUAGCGUCUUGCAGCAGUGAUUGCUUAUCCUCUCAUCUAUGUACACAGACUACUGCCAUCACUAGAUUUCAGGUGCAGGGGUUUUGAUUCUAUGUGCUUCUACAAUUUCUUGCUGUGUCUGCAGCUUUCACAUCGACUGUUAUUAAAAGCUGUUACUGAAGAUAGUUUUCAGGAAAUGAUCAGAAAAUUUAGCAGAUUGUUUUUCAAUCGAUAUUUGUAAUAUGAAGAACAGUGUUUUUUCUGUUUGUUUGACCUAAACUUCCAGAUGGUUUUUUCCUCUCACCCUUCUGGUACCGUUGACGCUCCAAGCUCCAUUUUUAGAUCGAUGUUUCCUUUUUCUUUUUAAAGAAAUAUUUUGUAUCACUCUAGUCAUAUAAGUACUGAUUGAUCGUCAAACAGGUGAAUAAUGUAGCAUCAUGUUUAUUUAAUCAUCCAUCAUUUAAUUUCUCCAA